GUCAAUAAAAAUCAUAUGAUUAUUAAGGGUGUAGCAAACUAGCAAAUUACAAGUAGUGGUAGACUUCUAUUUAGAUUAUUUUAUACAAAAGUAAUAGAAGAUAACUUUGACAAAAAAAAUGAAGAUAUGUGGACCUAAGUAUGCCCUAUGCGGCCUCAUAUUAUCUACUUGGGGUAUAUUCCAAUUACUCCUGAUGGGAAUAUUCUUUUACUACAACAGUGUAGCUUUAAUAGAAGACCUUCCGUUGGGAGAACAAACUUUUAAUAAACCUACAGAUUUUUAUGCUGUAGCAGAGAGGGGCUAUAAACAAAAUGCAUAUAAUUGUUGGAUUGCAGCUUGUAUCUAUGUCCUUACAUUCUUAUUUUCUGGACACCAAUUUUAUAUAAAUUCUAGAUCAUCUUUAAGCGUUUAAAAUAUUAUUAGCAUGUGAAUACAAUAAAUAAAAGUACAUAUAAGUAUAUAGUAUAGUGAUACAUUAUAAAUAUAAAAAUAGGAAUUUAGGAAUAUGCUAAAUACAAAUUUCAGUAACAGAUUUUUUGAUUGCAUUCUAAUAUUAAGAAUUUGUGUUUAUUUAAAGAACAUAUAAUAAAUUAUACUAUAAUAUAAAUGUGUAAAAUAGAAGAAUAUAGAUUAUUUCAUAUUAUGUAUAUGUAUAUAUGAAAAUAUACCAAAAAAUUAUUGUUGAACUUAUUUUUCAUCAUAAUGUGAAAUAUGUAUUUCUCUUUUUUUCUUGUUUAUUAGUAUUAUUAGAAAUCUUUAACUGCCUUAAAUUAAUGAACAUAAUCGCUGGAAUAAUAGCAGUUUACAACUGAUAUAGUAAAAUUUCAUGUUUAUGCAACACAACAAUUUUAAAAAAUUUAUUUUAUUUUAAGUAUUAAAAAAAGAUUGAAUUUGAUACCAUUAUUUUAAUUUUAAAGAUUUUGUAAAUAUGUAAUUGUCUAUGUAUAAUAUUUAUGAAAAACAAUACAUUCAUUAUCGACAAUGAGUCAUUUUCGGUAGCGUUUAUACUGUGGUCAAAUUUAAUAUACGUCAUAUACCGAAAUGAAGAGAGAGGUUUCAAAUUUUGAAUUGUCGUAACACGUAAAAUCUUAAAACAUGCUUUAUAAAAUUUACUACAGUGUUAUCUAGAAAGAAGGCCAAAAUUAAAUGAAUUGUGCAUGUAGAAUUGUAACACUAUCAACAAUAAGUGAUAGGUUAUGUAUAAUAACUAUAAAAUUUAAAUUAUUUUAAUUAUCUCGUAUUAUAUAAUGCAAAUAAAAUAUUUUGUAAUAAGCAAAGUAAAACUAAAAUAUUUUUGAACAUAAAAAAUCAUUCCAUCUGACUGUCAUUAUGUACCAGAAUGUUUUAAUAAAUCUUAAUUGCUUAAAAGUUUAAAUUUCAA